CCUGUCUGUGGCCUUCGUAAAUUACAGAAUUCCGACAUAAUGAGUCGCUUGGGGCCGGUAAGUCGCGACGCUUGUGACAUUUACCUGUCUGUCCCGUAACAUUGUGAGAAAGGUAGCUCUUUGGGUCCACCUCAGGUUGUCAUCACUUUCAGCACGUCAGAGCAGCAACCCACGUUGCUUGUACAAACGAAGGACAUUAGCCAGGUUGAUAAUUAGGAGGCUGCAAUUCAGUGUUUAACGGAAUAGGGCCAGCUGCAAUGACGCAUUGUGGCAUAAUGCUUCAGCUUACUAUCGAGUGUGCCAGCUGGUAGUGGCACGAGAAGGGGCAGCGAGGCGAUAGGUGGCUGCCUCAUGUCAAUUUUGCCAGCUGGCAGGUGCAAAAGAAGGCGCUGCGCAGCAUUCUGCAGCUCGCUUCUGAGUUGGGUUUGCAAGCUAAGAUUGGCAUGAGCUGGCGCAGGCGGCAAUCUGUGGAUGCCUGCCUUGUAGUAUUCAAAAAGGCAGCUGGCGCUGGCAAGCGGUGGCGGAGGGCGGCACGCAAUGGCGGCCUCCAACCACCUUGCAUGCUUGCCAAGUGUCUGGAGAGGACUGUGAGUCAGCAGCCGGCUGACUUGGCAGAGGUGGCGGUGGCGCACCAUGGCGUCCUGUGGCGCUGUUGUGUGGCAGCUCUUUCAAACUGCCAGAUUGAGCCACAAUACUUCCUCACCUUACAACCUUUCUAGAACCAUCAAAAGACCCCAAAGUUGAGAGCCCCCUCCUACCUGAAAGCGCACCUGAAGAGAGUGAAUCAUUGGACAGCAUUUUUGAAGACGUCUGCAACCACAUCCUGCCCGGCGUCACCCACUGGCAGAGCCCCAACUGAGAUUCGAAAGCAGGCACUCAUCAAGGGCGGCAGAGAAAUAGCUUUGGCCGAGCAUCACUGUUUUGUCAAGCCAAUCAACAUGCAUGCUUGAGUGCCGCGCUGUGGAAGGUCGCAGAUGGUGGGAUCUGAAGGAGAAGUUUGAUCGGGGCGGGAUCGUGCUGAGCCACGCGACAUGGUCCCUGCGGUUUCAUCCAGACAAGGUAGAGGGAAGGAGUGGGGAGCACCUCCGGCGAUUUGUUCAGCACUUCACGGGCUCUUCAAACGGCCUGAACCACGAGCAAUCAAAGGCUUGCUACGCUACCGAAUUGUUUGCCCCGCUCAACGACGAGCGAUUCAAGCCCGGUCGGACCGCUCAAAAGGCCGGUGGCAUGCUGUGGAGAGCGUGGUUGUCGGUCGAAUGUGCACUCAUCGACGACUACUUAGAAUAUCUGGUCGAGUUCGACGAGUUCAUAGCAAAGGCAAAGCAAGCGAGCCAAGAGCUAGAACGGGCACGUGAGAGGUGGAUUCAUGAGAGGCUCGAGCAAAAGUUCAAGAACUCGAAGGCAUAUAAGAGAUGUAUGAACAAUCGAAGUACCGAGUAGAAGUAGCGAGACGGAUGUUUGCAAUGGUACCUUGUGAAUUUUCUUUGCGAACGAUAUUCCAACCGUUUUAAAUGGAUGCAAUCCUUGGUUAUCGCCC